AUGAAGCCUUUACGUCUACAAGCCUUAAGUCUGGGGAACACCGUAAUACUACGAGCUCCUACCACUCCUUUCCAUCGGGUCACAAGCGUUUCACCCAUCCACCAACACCAACAGCAAAUCAUCCCCCCGACCAACACUCGGCACCAGUCCUCCACGACGACGACGCAGUGCCAACAAGACAUUCAAUCCAACCGCUCCGCACAACAAGACCGGACCCGAAUCGACCGGCAACCAACCGAGUACAGCAAAUCCGGGACUGACGACGCGGUGGCCUCACAGGCGGUGUCGUUUUCGCCGGACAGCACGUCGACGGCUGACCCGGCCGAAUCUAUCGCGCAGGCGGCGGAGCAGAUCCAGAACCUGACAGCCUCCACGACAGGCACGUCCAACGUGUCCCCCACCCCACCACAGAACGCGCCCUUCAACCCGCUUGAAGUCAGCCCCGCGAACGUGGAGAUCAGUUCGACGACGUCCGAGAUCGAGGGUGUCGCACGGACAGCACAGGGAGGCGUGCAGGAGCAGAGCAAGACGUACGUCGGCACCACGACGCAGAAAUCAAAGUCGACCCGAGCAACCGCGACGACGGAGGAAAAGGGCGUCUUUGCCGGGUCCGACAAGAGGAAAGACGGCAUGCCUGGCGCAGCCGUGCGGGGCGAGGUCGAGGGCGGGAGAGGGCCCAUCUUCAGGCCGGGCUCGAGGUAG